GAAACAGAGACAGAAACCCAGAAUCCGGAAACCACUGGCGGCAGGCCGGCAGCCAAUACUUUUUCGGAAACCGUCAAAUUCCUGAACUUUUAUUCUUUUGUUACUUCCGCCCUUCCCCGACAAUGCACCGCCAUUGCUAAGCGCUCUCUCUCUCUACUUCUUUCCUCCUAUAUCAACUUCAGAAAGCAAUAACAAAAAUGGAUUCUUUCUUCACGACCACGGACGUUAUUCUUCCCUCCGGUUUGCAUAACUACGAAUGGCAGCGCAAUUCGGCGGGCACACUCACCGCCACCACAACCACGGCCACGGCGUAUCUACAACUAAGCUCGUCUUUCUUUUGAUGUUCGUUUGCCUUUUACUUACUGCUCUGGUAGCCGAUGCCUUCUGGGCAUCUUCUUCUUCGGUCUCUUCAGCUUAUCGAUCAGUUGCUUCCAUUUGGGUUCUUGAGAAACCUAAUAGCAACAAGUAUGUGGUACCUGCUCCCUUUGAUCACAACAGUUCCAAGGAAGGAGAGCAUGGGAGGGUUUUAUCAGCGACAUUUGCUGAUCUAUCGGCUCCUGAGUUGGAUUGGGAACAAAUGGAUUCAGCUCCUGUGCCUCGACUUGAUGGGUACUCGGUUCAAAUCAAUGAUCUUCUCUAUGUUUUUGUUGGGUAUCGCAAUCUUGACAAUGUGCAUUCCCAUAUAGAUGUGUUCAAUUUGAGUGAGAACAAAUGGUCAGACAGGUUCGAUACGCCUAGAGAGAUGGCGAAUUCCCACUUGGGAGUGGCGACUGAUGGGCGAUUCGUGUACAUUGUCUCGGGCCAGAAAGGUCCUCAAUGCAGAACAGCCAUAACUCUUAGUUACUCUCUGGACACUAAAACAAAGCAAUGGAGCAGCUUGCCUCGGUUACCAGCUCCCAGGUAUGCUCCAGCCACACAGUUGUGGAGAGGGAGGCUCCAUGUGAUGGGUGGAAGCAAGGAGAAUCGCCAUACUCCUGGAGUUGAGCACUGGAGCAUUGCUGUGAAGGAUGGCAGAGCUUUGGAGAAGGAAUGGCGAAGCGAGGUGCCUAUCCCUCGUGGUGGACCACACAGGGGUUGUGUGGUAGUACAUGAUAAGCUCUUCGUAAUUGGUGGCCAGGAGGGUGAUUUCAUGCCCAAACCCAACUCACCCAUCUUCAAAUGCUCUCGAAGGAAAGAGGUGGUUUAUGGUGAUGUUUACAUGCUCGACGGUUCCAUGAAGUGGCAAACUCUGCCACUAAUGCCGAAACCAAACUCUCAUAUCGAGUGCGCGUGGGCAGUGGUGAACAAUUCAAUCAUCAUUGCUGGCGGCACAACAGAGAAGCACCCUCAAACCAAGAGGAUGAUGUUGGUUGGGGAAGUCUUUCAGUUUCAUCUUGACUCACUGAGCUGGUCAGUGAUCGGAAAGCUUCCUUACCGGGUAAAGACGGCCCUUGUUGGGUACUGGGAUGGAUGGCUGUACUUUACAUCAGGGCAGAGGGACAGAGGACCUGAUAAUCCUCAACCCCAGAAGGUCAUUGGAGAAACGUGGAGAACCAAACUACAUCUGUCUUGAAGUGCUACAUUGAUGCAUCGAAGAGUAAGGAAUUGGGUGGUGGUCUGCUGCGUUUGUGGGCCGCAGCCAUUGAUGAGAUCAGGAACUUCGAAUUCUUGAUUUUGCAGAUUAAAGUUGAUGACUGACGAGAGAUUAAGGAGGUGAAGGUUAAAACGGUCAACCAAUUACGACAAGACCAUGUCCAUGUGUCUCUCUACAAAGAAAUGUAUUAUUGUUGUCAAUCAUUAAUCUAUGGUUAUCACUUCAAGAAAUCAUUCCAGGUUAGCUAAUGGUUUUGUAAUUAUGUGGAAAGGGGACAUCAUCAAGCUACUUGGUUCAGAAAAUCUGCAAAACAGAUCCAUUAUUGUAUCUAUUCUAACAAAAAUAUUAUGCAUCCAAUUCAGUUCGAACAUUUACUGUUCUUACAAAUAUGAACUUGCAUCGUUGGAUCAUAUGAUUCAUGAGUACAUAUCAUUUACCUAGUUACAUGUAGAGCGAGGAAAAAGAAUAAUGCUACAUACUGACUUCCUCCGGCUUGUUACUGAGGAUUCAAUGUCGAUAUUGCGACUUCAUUGUCCGAAAAGAUCUUUGGGUUGCCAGUGCUUGAGCUUUCCUCCACACAAAUGCUACCUGGACUCGCAAUUGUGUAUGCUGGCUGUUUUGGAUUGGGCAAUUGUGCAGCUUCGCUAGUUAACAUUGAGAUUACUUGCGACAUUGUUGGCCUAUCAUUGGCAUCUUGUUCUAUGCAGAGUAGCCCUACAUUGAUGCAUUUGAGGACAAGGUUCUUACAAGUACAUGAAUCCUCCAAAGCUGGAUCCAUAAACUCUAACGCAGUCCCUUCUUUCCAUAGCUUCCAUGCAUAUCCGACAAGGUUGACUGGGGGAUCCAAUUGAAUAAGGCCAUAGUUCUUCCGGCUGCUCACGAUUUCCAGCAGCAUUACUCCGAAACUAAAGACAUCUGACUUGGUGGAGAAAGUGCCAUGCAUGGCGUACUCUGGAGACAUGUAACCAUAUGUCCCUACGACUGUGUUUGUGUUACCUUCCAAUGCAUUAGUUUUGAAAAUACGCGCCAUUCCGAAAUCUGAGAUCUUUGGGUUGAGAUUUUCAUCCAGCAAUAUAUUACUAACUUUCAGAUCUCUAUGCACGAUUCUUACUCUAGAAUACUUGUGAAGGUACAACA